GCCGAGGAUCAUGACGUCAUCGUCAGACAGCUCUCAGCGCGUUCGAACAUCACGAGCGUUUCGAACUUUCAAUGGCUAGUGAUUUAAAGCGUCGAUUCCGUGGCCGCUCCGCGCUAUAUGGAACCAUAUAAACGGCAGUGAUAUUUUGGCGUGUAAAAGAAUUGUUCCUACGCAGUGACCUUUUGGAGCUCGGAUGCAUAAUAUCGCGUAGGAGUCGCUGUGUGCGUGGUGAACGUUUUGCUCUCUGUCUGUUUUCUUUCAUCGCUAAAUGGAGUCACGAAGGGAAUUCAGUCGAGAAGAGAUCAACGGUACGGUAUGGGAAGUCCCGGUCAAGUACGUUAGCUUGAAGCAGAUUGGAACGGGAGCUUAUGGCACCGUGUGCUCGGCCAUCAACAAUAAAUUAAAAGAAAAGGUGGCCAUCAAGAAGCUGCACCGACCCUUUCAGUCAGAGAUCUUCGCAAAGAGAGCCUAUCGUGAGCUGAGCCUGCUCAAACAUAUGAAACACGAAAAUGUAAUAGGCCUGCUAGAUGUCUUCACUCCUGCCACCAAACUGGACGACUUCCAAGACUUCUACCUGGUGAUGCCGUACAUGUACACAGACCUCUCUAAAGUCAAGGGCAUCCUUACAGAAGACCGCAUCCAGUUCCUGGUCUAUCAGAUGCUGUGCGGACUGAAGUACAUUCAUGGUGCUGGAAUCAUUCAUAGAGACCUCAAACCAGGAAACCUGGCUGUGAACCAAGACUGUGAGCUGAAGAUCCUGGAUUUUGGCCUGGCACGUCAUGCGGAAGCAGAGAUGACAGGUUACGUGGUGACGCGGUGGUACCGGGCCCCUGAGGUCAUUCUAAACUGGAUGCACUACACGCAGACAGUGGAUAUCUGGUCUGUUGGGUGCAUCAUGGGUGAAAUGUUCAAUGGAAAAACACUCUUUAAAGGAAAAGACUACAUGGACCAGUUGACUCAGAUAAUGAAAGUAACAGGGACACCAGGUCCAGAAUUUAUUGAGAAACUAGAAAGCCCUGAGGCAAAAAGCUAUGUCAGAUCCCAGCCCCGUUACCCACGCAAAGACUUCUCGACAUUGUUUCCCAGAGCGUGUAAAAAAGCGGUAGAUCUACUUGAGAAGAUGCUGGUGCUAGAUGCUGAUGCUCGCCUCACUGCUGAUGGUGCGUUGGCUCACAGUUAUUUUGAUGCCCUGAGGGACCCAGAUGACUGCCCAGAGCCCACACCAUACGAUGACAGCUACGACAACGCCACAUUGCCCUUAGAAGAGUGGAAACGUUUAUCAUUUAAAGAAGUAAGAAGCUUUGUUCCUUUCCCAAGAAGAGACUCAAAGAGGAGAAACACACUCACAAUGUCCUAGAGAUGUGGAUCUGACAUUAUCGGCUUACUGUAUUGCAAAUAUGCGAUUUAGUCUAUGCCUUGGAACAAUUUAGAAUGUUUAUUUACUUAUAAAAAAGUAUAUUAAUAGCAGUAUUUUUUACAAUAACUGACUGCUUGAGGUAUGAGUGGUAUACCUAGACAUUUUAUUUUGAUUUAGUGGUAAAUGUCCUCACUGGUGUGCAUAGCACCUUAAACGGAUCAUUUGCUCACUCUCACACCAUUUAUUCAGAAUUUAUUCCAUCCCUAUAAAAGGAGAGCCAUAUAGAUUUUCGUGUAGGUUUUGUAGGUCUUAAAGUUCAUGUAUUUCACAAAAGUUUUUUGUUUGUUUGUUUGUAAGAAAGAAAUUCAUACUUUUAUUCAACAAAGAUGCAAAUUGACCAAAUACAAUAAAGGCAUGUAUAAUGUUGUAAAAUAUUUGUAUUUUGAAUAAAAGCUUUUCUUUUGAA